GAGACGGUGUCCUCGCCCGCGUCCAGCUAGAGGGCUGGAGAGCUGUGAUCAGCGUUUCCCUUUUUCCCCGAAAGCAGCGGGUGAGGAACGGGACAGGAGCGCCUGGGAAACGGGACACGCAGCAGCGCCCGGCCUCGCUCCGGGGAGUUGUUUGUGCCUUUCCCAUUAUUAUUAUUUUCCGCCCCAAAGGCGGACCGGUUUAUCCGCACCUUCGCGGGUGGCGAAGCCAGACCGGCGACCCGGCUGCUGCCGCUGAGCUGCACCACAAACUCCACAGAAAACGCCUGUUGAUUCGGGAUGCACCUCCGCCCCCCGCCCCAAAGCACACGAGUAAUUGCAAAUAGGAAAACUGUGAUGUUUGCUUUUUGUUAUUAAUUAUUUUAAGAAAAGUUUGUGAGGUUGGAGAAAAAAAAAUCAUUAGCGAUGUCGCAGCCCCACUGGGAAGGCUGUAUUCCGUCCCAGCGUCCUUGUGCCCGGCCCGGCUCGGCUCGGCUCCCCGGGCCCAGAGUUGCCAGCCAACCCCGUCCCAGGUCCUGCCCGAGCACUACGGGCCGGGGAGCGGGCAGGGUCGGUCCCUGCCCUGCAGCCGGCUUGCAGCGGCCCUGCUCGUCCCGUCGGUCUCCGGGGUCGGCGUGGAGCCUCGGAAUCAUUUGCUUUUAAUUAUUUUUUCCCGAUCCAAACAGUUAUUUCAAACUAAUGUGACCGGGCUGAGGUUUGUCCCGCUCCCGGCUGCAUGCUGCUGUGCCUGAUUUAAGGGAUUUUAGCAUAUUUAUCUCCCCGGUGCCGAUUUCCAGCCGCGGGCAUCCCGGCGGCGGCGCUGAAAGUCACGGCUCAGCGGCGGGGCAGCGCUCGGCGGAGUCAGCCCCAUCGCCGAGCCCUUCCCGCACUCCAUCUCCGCUCGGCCCCCCCCUCCCCGCUCCGCAUCCCCGCACUCCCCGGCGGGACCCCUCUGCUUUGCCGUCCCCGCCCCGCAGGGGCGUGCAGCGCCCGGGCGGGGAAAGCCCCCACGGCGCUGCCGGGCGAGAUGCUGCGAGCGGGGGAAGAGGGGCGGAGGAGGGGGGUCUGCUGCGCUCCCCCCACCCCGGGCCGGCUCCGUUUGGGGCCGGGGGUGCGGUUGGGGGCGGUGUGGGGCGGCGGGAUUGGCUGGCCCGGCCGCCGGCCCUGCGCACCCCGGCCCGUCUGCGGCGCCGCGGCCAGCUGGCGCCAGCGCUCAUAUAGGAUGCGCGGGGAUGGGACCGAGUCGGCCAGAGCAGCGGCUUUGCCAUCUGAGUAACACUCCCCAUCCAACCUCUGCUCUUCCCGCGCUCGCUCUGCCUUUCCCCCCUCCUCUCCCUCUUCGCUCUUUUAAUUCCCCCUCCGUUCUCCCCCUCUUUGCUGCGCUCGCAUCCUCCACGCCGGCAUUCAUCGCCACCCAGCCUCCCGCGCCGGGUGCUGCCCUGGCGCUUCCCCGGACCUGCCUCCGCUACCCGCCUGUUGACGGAGGGACACGCUGACUUCAGGGUCCUCUCCCACGCCUCAGAGGGCGCGCUCCAGCCACCCGCCGGUUUUCUUUCCAAGAAAAGCCACCCCAAUCUCUUAAAACCCACCAGGCAGCGUCAAAAGCGACCCCCCCGAGCAGCACUCCCCGCCCCCACCGAGCGCCGCUCUCUCCUGGCCUGGGGGUGGGUGAAAGGGGAGGCCCAAGGCCAUGGAGGUGGCCACGGAUCAGCCUCGCUGGAUGGCCCACCACGCCGUGCUCAACGGGCAGCACCCCGACAGCCACCACCCCGGGCUGGCUCACAACUACAUGGAACCAGCGCAGCUCCUACCUCCGGAUGAAGUCGACGUCUUCUUCAACCACCUGGACUCCCAGGGCAACCCUUACUACGCCAAUUCCGCCCAUGCCCGGGCCAGGGUCUCGUACAGCCAGGCACACGCCCGCCUGACCGGGAGUCAAAUGUGCCGGCCUCAUCUUAUCCACAGCCCCGGGAUCCCUUGGCUGGACAGCAGCAAGGCGGCACUGUCUGCCCAUCACCACAACCCCUGGACCGUCAGCCCCUUCACUAAGACACCCCUUCACCCCUCGGCGGCCGGAGCGCCUGGGGCCAUCUCGGUGUACCCGGGCAGCAGCACCUCCAGCACCGCCUCCGUGUCUUCACUCACCCCGGCUUCGCACUCCGGCUCCCACCUCUUCGGCUUCCCCCCGACCCCUCCCAAGGAAGUGUCCCCAGACCCCAACUCCACCAGCGCCGCCUCCCCUUCUUCCUCCGCCGGGGCUCGGCAGGAGGACAAAGACAGCAUCAAGUACCAAGUGUCGCUGUCGGAGGGGAUGAAGAUGGAGAGCGCCAGCCCACUCAGAAGCAGCCUCACCAGCAUGGGGGCCCAGCCCUCCACCCACCACCCCAUCCCCACCUACCCCUCCUACGUGCCGGCAGCCCACGACUACAGCAGCAGCCUCUUCCACCCGGGCAGCUUUCUGGGGGGCCCCGCGUCCAGCUUCACCCCCAAGCCGCGGAGCAAGGCCCGGUCCUGCUCGGGUAAGUGUCGCACCCGCGGCCGUCCCGCCGUGUCCCGCCUGGAAGGGCCGCGCUCCCGGGGCUUCGUGCGUGGGGCUGCGCCGGCUGUUGGGGAGAGCAUGCGGGCUGCUGCGAGGCUGGGUGCGUGUGUUGGCCCGCUUCGGGACAGAGGGACAGAAGGCAGAGAAUGUGUGAACUGUGGAGCCACUGCUACCCCUCUCUGGAGAAGAGAUGGCACCGGGCAUUACCUGUGUAACGCCUGCGGGCUCUACCACAAAAUGAACGGUCAAAACCGACCUCUCAUUAAACCCAAGCGAAGGCUGUCAGCGGCCAGGAGAGCAGGGACUUGUUGUGCCAACUGUCAGACAACCACCACGACCUUAUGGCGACGCAAUGCAAACGGGGACCCGGUUUGUAAUGCCUGUGGACUCUACUAUAAAUUGCACAAUGUGAACAGGCCUCUGACCAUGAAAAAGGAAGGAAUUCAGACCAGGAAUAGGAAAAUGUCCAACAAAUCAAAGAAAAGCAAGAAAGGCUCUGAGUGUUUUGAGGAACUGUCCAAGUGCAUGCAGGAGAAGUCGUCUCCCUUCAGCGCUGCUGCCCUUGCCAGCCACAUGGCACCCAUGGGGCAUUUGCCCCCUUUCAGCCACUCUGGACACAUCCUACCAACACCUACCCCCAUCCACCCAUCUUCCAGCAUCUCAUUUGGACACCCACACCCAUCCAGCAUGGUUACAGCCAUGGGAUAAAACCUGAUGACCAAGAGACCCAUCCAAAUAUUAGGAACAUGGGACUUUGCCUAAGAUGACACCAAGUAAGACAAUGUUCUGCCAAGAGGAGAAUGUAGGGAUGGCAAAAGGAGACCUUUGCUCCCAUGUGGUUGACUUUUAAUGCUGGACUAAAACCUUGCAAAUGAUGGGUCUUCUGCAGAAAUGUGUAGUGGUGCCUGUAAUGCACUUUGCCCCCUCAGGUAUAAGAAAAAAGAACUCACCUGUUCGAUACUUCAUGGUCCAGCAGGAAGCAAAAGAUGGCAGAAGCUGAAAGAGAAGGCUUGGAACUGGUUUUCCUUUCUCUCUUUGUUAUUACUGUGAAUAUUGUAAAGAGAUAAAAGCAGCCUCCCAGGAUGGAAUUGGCUCACUGGAAGCCAGACAUGCUGGAUUUCUAUUGCGGACUUUGUUUGGGAUAGGGAAAAAAAAGAAGAAAAAAAGCCAAAAAAAGAAAAGUUAAAAAAAAAAACAAACCACAAGAGAAAGAAAAAGGCAUCUUUAUUAAACCAUAAAUUUUAAAAUCAGACACAAAGUCAUAUUUAUUUUGUUUUCCACAAAAAGCCUCAACCCCUCUGAUUGCAUGUUUUUGUGCUGUCAUUUGCAAUGGCUACCCUGUAAGAAAAGCUGCCUUCAAGACAAGGAGAGGGGAAAUGUACUCAACAGCCCUCUUGGAUUAGCUCCAUCUAUCUUCCAUACCAAAGUUACCAGGAAGGGGGAAAAGAUUGCGAGGGCGAGGAACAAAGCAAAAAUGUAGCCGUAACACGGGAUUUUAAUAUACCCAAGAUGGUGAUUAUUUUGACACAAUUCCUUCAUUCUUCUCCCUAACAUGAAAGAUUAAUUUAAAAAGAAAAGCCCCUCUCCCAACUACCCUAUUGUUCCUCAAACCAGACAACCUAGGUCAGACAAACUGUUGGGAGAAAACUCUGGGGAAGGCAAUCCUGCACUAGCAAGGGGGUGAUAGCUGCAACACCAUUUUGGUAAAUGCCUGGUGAAGUUCUAGCACAGCCAAAACCAUAAUGGGGCAGAAAAACCAACCUGCUCACAGACUUUGAGGUUGAAGCAUUUUGUUCUGUUGUGUUGGCAGCUGUCGCUUAAAAAUGCAGAUUAGCUGCUUGGGUAAACUUUGGGCACUGUGGCCACCACAUCCACAUGCAGCCAGCGCCGGCUGUCUCAGGCACCCACCCCGGUGGAGUCCACCGGGAGGAAGGGCAGAAAGGAGGCUGAGAUCACUGGAGAGGGGAAAAAGAGAGACAAUCAGUUUGAGCUUCACACAUCCAUCAAAUCCCAGACACAGAGACAGCUGAGGGAAAGCAUCGUUCUAAGGGGAACGGCUGUUUUCCGUAGUGGAUUUUAUAUGAAAACAAGAAAAGAACAAAAAAAAAAAAAAAAAAAGAAAAAAAAAAAUUAAUCUCCCAUUAUGAAACCCUAUUGUACGUAAAUGACCGAAAACAAAGCUAUUGCCAACGUGAAGUGUACUCUAUUGAUUGUUAUGAUCUGAUGCCUCUCGUGAACACAAGCUCCAGUAUAACACACGGUGUACAUAUUUAGGUAUACUUCUGAUGAAAAUGCCCCAA